AUGAUCCACGAGGGUACCCACUGCUCAUUGCCGACCAUUACCUGGAGUGCUUACAUUCUCAAGAACAGAAAAUAUCCCAAGUCUACUCCCCUUCUUCUCUUUGACCCGACUUCUUUCUCACAGUGGAUCGACGAGAUCAAGCUCACCAAAAAAACCAAAGGUGGUGUCUUUGUCCGCAUGGAGAAUUCAAAGGAUAAACUUGCUCGUGCUCGAAAGGAGGAUUUGGUAGCCAAAACGAUGAAGCGAUUUGACGCUCGCCACAAGGGUGCAUCAAGGGGUAAAGGUCGCCGGGGUCCUGUGAUUGCAGGUGUCUCUUCUGAUGAGGAGGAUAAAUCCUCUGAUGGAGACUUUGAAGACCUAGAUGUACAUGUUGACAAGAUCUAUGCCAAAUACGGCAUGAAUACUGAAUACGACCACAUCCAUCCUUGGGCUAAAGAUUUGUGCAUGCGCGUGGCUGGAGUCAGUUUGGUGUCCCCACCGGCCUCGAUCAAGUACCUCACCCGAAAGGCCCCAAAGACUCAACUCGGUCCGACUGACAACGCUACCACCAACACCUUGCUUGAGCUCUCUCGUUGGCUUGUAAAUCAAAAUCAGGCUGUGCACCCGGUCAACGAGCGUACUUCUCGGCCCUCCCUGGUUAUCGGUGAGGAUGCUGCUGACACUAUGGCUGAUUAUCUUGAGUUUAUCAGCAUCGCUCCCCACAAGCGUGACAAUAUUCUGACCACGCUCCUCCAGAACGACAUCGACCGAUACAAGAUGUUUCGAUUGCUUUCAAUCAAAGACUUGAAAGGCCUUGGGUUCAACAUCGGUGUGAUUGCUAAGCUCAGAAGCAAUGUCACCCGGUUCAGAUCUCAUCUGGCCCAACAAGAAUGA